AUAAGCAUGCAUCUCUAUAUAAUACUACAUCGAUCAGCUUCUCUCUCGGUCAAGGAAGAGGCGUAACGCACAGUGAAAAUUGAGAGCAUUCAUCAACUCUCAAGACACACGAGAAUGAGCUUUGUCGUGACGAAGGCCCCGUCGGUGGUCGUGAGGCCAUCGGAGCCGGUGACGACGGCCGCAGAGAGCAUCAAACUCUCGUCCUACGACAAGAUCGCCGGUGCUUCCGGCCCACCGACGAUCCUCCUCGUGUUCGAGCAUCCGAUCGACGAACCUGCCGAGACGAUCAAGAGGUGUCUGUCCCAAGCACUCGUCCAGUACUAUCCCCUGGCCGGCCGCCUUGCCCCAGGAGCAACCUUGGGCGAGACCGUCAUAAUAUUACGCACCACCGGGGAGGAAGAAGAAGGAGUGCCGUUCGUCGCCGCGUCGGCGGACUGCGCCGUGAAAGAGCUGCUCCGGCCGAUCGACGCCUGCAAGCCGCUGCUCGACGACCUGGCCAUGUACUACCCGGGCGGCAGAUGCGGCCCCGCUGACCCUUUGCUGAUGAUGCAGGUGACGGACUUCUCCUGCGGCGGGUUCGUCGCGGGCGUGACGUGGAACCACGCCAUUGCCGACGGCGCCGGGAUGGGCCAGUUCCUGCAAGCCGUCGGCGAGCUAGCACGCGGGCUAUCCUCGCCUUCCGUGAUCCCCGUCAGGCACUGGGACGACGACACGCCGCUGGCGUGCAUCCCGCCAUCCAACAUCUACGACAUGAUGCUCGCCGCGCGGGGAAUCCAGGCGUUCGACAUGGCCACGCUCGACGUCACCAUCCCGUCAAGGAUAAUCAACAACAUCAAGGCCAGAUCCGCGGCUGCAGCCACGUCCAACGACGGCCGGCGUCCCCGGCCAUGCAGCGUGUUCCAGGCCGCCAUGGCCGUGCUGUGGCAGUGCCGCACCCGCGCGAUCAUGUCAGACCCAGGGGCCCCGUCGGCUCUCCGUUUCACGGCAAACGCCCGCAGCUUCGUCGGGGGCAAGGCCGGGUACUACGGCAACUGCGCCACGGCGCAGCUCGUGAUGGCCUCCAGCGGGGCGGUGGCCAAUGGCGAUGUCAUGGAUGUCGUCAGGAUGAUCCAGCACGCCAUGGACCAGAUACCUGAGCAGUUCAGCGACGAGGGAGACGUGAUGAACACCGUGAAGAUGAUCCAGCGGGCCAAGGACGCCGGGAACACUCUGAUGGAUGCUGACUACCGGUUCAGUAGCGGCAAUAUCGGGCAGCUGGGCGCCCUGCUUGGGUACAACUUCUGUAGCGUGACGAGCAGCAGGAACCUUGGGUUAGAGGAGGCUGAUUUCGGCGCGGGGAAGCCGGCCAGGGUGAUCCCCUACAUGCAGCACGAGGUGAGGUCGCCGUUCUGUGUUUUGUGCCCGCCGUGCCAAGGGGUGGACGGCUGCAAUGUCUUGUCUCUGUGUGUUAAGCAGGAGCACGUCGACGCCUUCCUCGGAGAAUUAGCAAGGUUCGCCUGAUUUGCAAUGUCUUGUCCUUGGUACUCCCUCGUACUGCAUAAAAGGAGUCGUGUCCUUGAUACAAACUUUGUACUAACUUAGUAUAAAAUGGAUGAUAUUUUUUAUGAAUGAGAGGGAGUAACCAGGAGUAUUUGUUUUGGGCCAUUAGCGUGUUCCUUUUUUUAUUCACGUGUUCACAUCC